AUGGACGACGACGGUGAUGAUAAAGAUGACACCAAAAGGAGAACUCGCAAUCUUAGUGAGAAGAAGAGGAGAGACCAGUUCAACAUGCUUGUCAAUGAACUCGGUUCUAUGGUAUCAACAAAUAAUAGAAAAAUGGAUAAAUCAACUGUUCUUAAGUCUACUAUAUCAUUCUUAAAGAACCAUAAUGAGAUAACUGUGCGAUCAAGAGCUCAUGAUGUGCAGGAAGAUUGGAAGCCGGCUUUCUUAUCGAAUGAGGAAUUCACCUACUUAGUUUUGGAGGCAUUAGAGGGUUUUGUUAUGGUAUUCUCAGCUAGCGGUUGCAUAUAUUAUGUAUCUGAAAGUGUGACAUCACUGCUAGGGCAUACUCCGGGAGAUCUUAUCAAUAAAAGUAUAUUUGAUCUGGCAUUUGUUGAUGAUCGUCCAAAUCUUUACAACAUUUUGCAAAAUGGUGGUACAACUCUCGAUCCAACACAAGUUGUAACAACAGAUAAUCCAAUAAGCUUCCGUUGCCGCCUGCAAAGGGGAACAUUAGAUUUCAGAGAUGAAGUAACCUAUGAAUUGGUUCAAUUCGAUGGCCAUUUCCGUAAAAAUUUGGAGUCCAAUGAAAACGGGCAUCAUUCAUAUCAGGAUGAACACGACUCGAGAUUGCUAUUCGUGUGCACCGGCAGACUGUAUAUGCCACAGCUAGUACGCGAUGUUUCUCUCGUGGAUACAAUCCGUAGCGAGUUUACAUCGCGUCAUAGUUUGGAGUGGAAGUUUUUGUUCUUGGACCACCGCGCUCCUCCAAUCAUAGGUUACUUACCAUUCGAAGUCCUCGGUACAUCAGGAUAUGAUUACUACCAUUUUGAUGAUCUAGAAAAGGUCGUUUCGUGUCACGAAGCUUUGAUGCAAAAAGGCGAGCUGACUUCGUGCUACUACAGGUUUCUGACAAAGGGUCAACAGUGGAUCUGGCUGCAAACACGUUUUUAUAUAACAUACCAUCAGUGGAAUUCUAAACCAGAAUUCGUUGUUUGCACACAUCGAGUCGUUAGUUAUGCCGAUAUAAUAAAAAGCACAAAACAGGAGCGGACAGAAACAGAGGAGCCUGUACGUGAGUGUGAUCAUAAUGGAUCGUCCAUGAAGGAUCCUUCUACCGAGGACGCUAUGGUGCCAGUGUCACCAUCAUAUAUGUCAGAGGCAAGCGACGCCUUCGCCACUUCAUACAAUUCUAUGUCCAAGUUGGCAUCAGUCAAGUCCGCUGCCACAUCAGGUAGUACAAGUGCCACGGUGGCCACGCUCGGAACUGCCAUCACCACAGCCAGUUCCACAUGGCCACCACGAUCCUCAUACUUGUUGUACACCACUGGUUCAGACACCACUUCCGUAUCCGGUGGAUCACGAUCCUCGCAGAGGAAUAGCUCGCAGGAGUUGCAGAGGUUGCCUGAACCAGCUUUGGUGCCGCAACACGGUAUCGGCGCUCAAUACUUGGAACCCGCUCCUUACGUGGGUGCUGUCGGCGUCCCUGCUGUUCUGCCGCUAUCUCUACCACCCAUACCGGUGAUUGUCACACAGGAUCAAGCCCAGUUACAGGAGCAGUUGCAGCGGACCCAUCGCGAGCUGCAGCAGAUGAUCGUGAGGCAGCAGGAGGAGCUGCGGCAGGUGAAGGAACAGCUGCUGUUCGCGAGGCUCGGUAUAUUGCAGCCGGUGAUCAACGUGAGUUCAUACAUAUAUAACGCGAAGGAUCAGUAUGCUGAUGACAUCAUACUUUUUCUUCUCAUAACGUUGCCGCACUCGGUCCCGCUGUGCUGA